AUGGAACGCAUUCUGCAAAACCCAGAAGAGCUGGUCCGCCUUGCGAACAUCGCGGUCGGAGGCCUCAUGAUCGCAGGUGCCGUCGGGUGCUUUAUCAACUUGUCGUUCUCGUCCAUUAUCAUCGGGAUCUACGAGAUCCUUGCCGGCGUCGUCGUCCUGGGUAUGGAGGUGCGCCAGCCCUCGGAGCAGGGCAAGGCGCUCGUGUCUCACUAUGCGAGCUUUAUGCACAGCUUCAUCGGGCGGGGUGUUUUCUACAUCCUCAUGGGCGUGCUGCUGCUCAACCACUACACCCUCCUAUAUGUUUGCGGCUCGAUUGUCGCUUUUGUCGGGCUCGUGUUUGUCGCGCUUCACUUUGUCCCCGCUAUCGAUACGCCUAGCACAAUGCGCGCGCCGGACAAUGACCCCGAGGCGCAGCCUGUGUGGCAGGCGCCGACCGAGUAG